UUAGAUGAAAAAUGUGGAUGCUUUAAAUGUGGUAAGUCAUUCGCCAAAGUUUAUCUUCUUAAGAUUUUAUGAAUCUCACGAAGAGAAUAAAACUAUUAUGAGCAAUAUUGUUUCUGAUCUUUUUAAAAGGUAAAGUCAGCAAGAAUAUUGAUAACCAGAUGUACACUGUAACUCUGAUCGACGGCGAUGAAACCGGACAACUAAAUCAACAAGAAAGCCAUAAUUUGUUGAGGAAAACCAGACCUAGUAUUGGUGUUGAUUCAAAGAAUUUAAAAUACGUUAUUGGUCGUCAAAAAGAUAUUUACCUUCCUGGUGAGAUAUGCAAAACGACGGACUCCAGCGGGAAAACCACGCCAGAUGAAACAUUCACCGUCAAAUUUUGUAAUCACGAAGAGUCUUCCGUUCGCCUGGAUGACGUUUAUCCUAUCAACCAAAACUACUUCGACUUAGUUGUUGAUGUGUUGAAAUCGCAUCAAUGAAACAUACUAACAAGAUAGCUGACUAUUGUUAAAAGAUAAAACUACAUUGAUCUAUGACAGCACUAGUGGUGUUAGUAUUUUAUCAUUACUACUGAGAUUGUAUUGUGACACAUAUCUAGACCGUCAUUCGUUUUAUUAUAUGCAUUGUUAAUAAAGAUGUCAUGGAGAUAAAUGAAAUGGAUCUACAAAAGGUUACGCUACAACAAUAUCACACAGGGCAUAAGG